AUGGUGGGACAUCGUCGUCAAUUUAAACCAGAUCUCAGCCCCAACACCACCUCUUUAGCGAUGUUCUCCAAACUGACAUCUCUUAUCACAAUUGUCGCAUCCCUUCCCUUGACGCUGGCGCAGGUCUGCGAUUGCGAAGGAGCAGUCGCAACACUAUACGACGGGUCGGCGACAUGCGAUCCAAGUGCUCGUCGAGCCUCGUGCUCCAUGGCUGCACCGAAAGUGGUCCUUUGGCACAGCGCCUCGAUGAUCGGCAUCGAAGAUCUUCCUGACGGAGAGACUGGGUGGGCCCUUCACACGGCUUCCGGAAUCUCCUGUCGAAAGACUCUCGUCUCACCCUCUGGCGGGUGCUUGAACCUCGACGGACGAAAAGAAGUCUUCGGAGCUAGCUGGCGAUUCUGUAAAGACGACGCCUCGAUGUGCCCUGGCGAAACCUGGAGGACUUCAGUUUCCAACGAUGGAGGCGAGGAAUGUACACACACAGUCUCUCCAGAUGUCUUCUAUCUUCGCGAACGAGAGGGCCAAGAGGCGAGAGCGUUCGAUUCGAAGGUGGUGAAUGUAUUGGAUAAGGAGGGUGCGAUUGAUUGGGAGACUUUUAUGGUUAGGGAAGAGAAGAGGGAUGUGUUUAGGAUGGUCGUUGAAGGACACGGGGAUGGGCUUAGCGUUCAGCAGGUUAAUGCGUUACGAAAGGUUGCUGAGGACGAUGAGAGACGAGGGUUUAGGGCGAGCUGGUUGCCUGAUACAUCAAGAAGGUAG